AUGAGUAAAAGAGUAAAAUCGUUUGUUAGAAUUAGACCUUAUAUACACUCCCAAGAUGGAAAAAAUAAAUUAUUUGAGUUUGAUAUUAAUGAUAGAAAAAGUUUGAUUAACAUUGAGUCAACGGAAUUUGCUUUCGAUUAAAUAUUCAGAGAAGAUUAAAACAAUAUCAUGAUUUAUUCCAAAGCAUUAUAACCAUACAUUUAAGAUGCCUUGAGGGGUAUCAAUACAACAGUAUUUGCAUAUGGUUAAACGUGCUCAGGAAAAACGCAUACAAUAUUUGGUCAUAAGGAAAGCGAAAAAGGAAUAAUAUAUUCAGCUCUAGAAGACAUAUUUUCGUUAAAUAAUCAAGGAGAUAUCAAAGUCAAAGCUUUGGUAAGCUUUUAUGAGAUUUACAACGAAUAAAUCAAUGAUCUAUUAGGAGAAAGAGAUGAUAUUCCUAUUAAAGAAAUUAAUGGUUCCUUUAUUUUGGCUAAUUUAGCAGAACACAUGGUAUAAAGCUCUGAAGAAGCUAUAGAUCUACUUAAAUUCGGAAAUAGCAACAAAGCUAUGGGAUGCAGUUAUUUGCAUGAAAAAAGUAGUAGGUCACACUGUGUUUUUAGACUUCAUUUAGCUAUAAAAGACAAGGGUCUAUGUGAGAUUAACUUUGUUGACUUAGCUGGAAGCGAGAUUCUUACAGAUUCAUACGGAAGCUAAUAACAAAAAGAAACAAAGAACAUAAAUAUGAGUCUUUUUAAUUUAAAAAACGUUAUUUUUUCUUUAAGUGAAAACGCUGCUUUUAUACCUUAUAGAAAUUCUGCUUUAACUAAACUUUUAUAGAAUUCUUUAGGAGGUAAUUCUUAGACUGCUAUAUUUUGCAUGGUUUCACCUCUAGAAUGUCAUAUUUAGCACUCUAAAAGAACAUUGUCCUUUGGCUAGACUGCUAGUAAAAUAAUAAACAACCUAUUAAUUGAAAAGCCAAUAUAUAAAAAAGAAUCAGAUGUUAUCAAAGAGCAUGUCAAAAUAAACGAGUAAAAAAUUUCAUUUAACACUCCAUUAAAGGAUUAAAUAAAUCAAGAUUUAUAGAAUGAAUAUAAAAUAUUUGAUAAUCAAAUAUAACUUUAUACUUAUGGAGACCCAAAAAGUGCAAAUUUAGCUAUUGUACUGCCUGCUUAUGGUUCUUGUGGAAGGAAGUGUAUGGCAUAUUCUUAUGAUGCUUUGGUUGAAAAAAAUUUUUAUAUUAUUUCUUUAGAUUAUCCUGGAUAAAAUUCUUCAGGCGGAUAAAAGCUGAAUGUUAGAGGACACGAAUAAUCAGUCCCUUUUUUAGAUAAAAUAAUUAAAUAAGAAUUUGAUAAAUAUAAUAACAUAAUUCUAAUGGGUUAUGAUUAUGGAGCUGCUCUAGCAAUGAACUAUGGUCUGGUUAAUAAUCCUAAGGUCAAGCAAAUAUUUAGUUUUCAUCCAGCCUGGAGUCAAGAUUUAGCUUUUUUAAAAGAUCUAAAAUAAAAAGUUGUUCUUCUUUGGGUUACUGCUGAGUAGCUACAUCCUUUGUAGUAAGGAGAAAAAAUGAAUAAAAUUAUUCCAAAAUGCAAGCUAAUUAAGUUAAAUUGUGGAAAAUUUAAUGCUGAAAAGCCUAAGAAAGCAUACAAGUGCAUUGGUGACUAAGUAACUCAAUAAAUUAUAGAUAACUUGGAUCCAAUAUUUUAAAAGUCUUAAGAAUAACUUAAUAAACAAAUCAGAGAGCAAAUAGAUGAUGAAUAAAAGUAAACCGAUCAAAUAAAUUAAAUUGAAUAAGGUGAUGUUAAGUAAGAAGAAAAGAAGGAAGAGGAAAUAGAAUAUGAUUUAGAUGAACUUUUAAAUAACAAAGAAUAAUAUUUGUACUACAAAAAAAAUAUAAGAGGAGCAUGCUUAAGAAAAGAAAUAAAUAAACAAAAAUAAGAACCAAAGCAGUACCUUUUUUUACAAGAACCAAAUCCCAAUAGUUCCUAGAAAGAUUUAUAAAAGUGGGCGAUUGGUAGGUUUAAAGAACUUUUACUGUCAGGUGAUUUGCAGGAAUAUUAUAAAGGAUACUUAAAUAGCACUCCCUUAAGAACAUAAGCAAUUAAGUUGUUUGGGAAUCUUCCAACUUUAAUUCCUUAUGAAAGUGAUUUAGAUAAAUUUAAAUUGAUAUGGGGAGAACAAAACUUACCAAAAAAUAUGGAAAAGAUAUCUGAUUUUCCUGCAUUUCUAAGAGGAAGAUAAGUUCACGUUAAGACAAAAGUUGGAACAUAAGUUUUUGAAAAAGAUUAUUUAGAAUAUAAAGAAGAUGGUGAAGAGUGCAUCACUCAUAAAUCAUAUAUACAAAAUUAUAACUAAGACGAAGGUACAUUUCAAGUAAAGGUUUUACCUGAUAAAAUUAUAAAAGUAGAAGAAUAAGAAAUAUACAGGCUAAACUGCCCAACCAAUUUUCAUGGAAAUCCUUUGUAAGAAGGCCUUGUUUUCGAAGAUGGAAUAAAAUGCAAAUACUAAGACUUGAUUACUAAAGCAAAAUUAAUGGAAGCGGCUUUGAGUAUUUCAGAUUUAGUUGGAUAGUUAGAUUACAGCUUAAAUUUUGAGUAAUCUCCAAAUAAUGAAUAUUAGGUGAAUGACUAAAACAUUUAAAUUUAAUAAAAAUGUGUGGAGAGAAUAUCAAAAUGUAUUGAUUUGAUUCAUUUAGUUUAAGAAGGAAUACAUCCAUCAAGGUAUAUUGCUUUUGAGUGUGGGAAAUUAGCUUACUUUGGUUAAGGUAAUAAUAAUUUUAAAUUUACAAUUAAAACUACAUUUUUUAUUUUUUCAAGGAAAUUGCCAUACAUUGGCUUCUGUGGUUUGUGCUUUUUUACUUCCAUUCAGUCAUAUUUUAGGGAUAGAAGUCAAAUUUAGGGCAGGUGCUUUACUAAAGUAUGGCAGAGAGAUUAAUGA